AUGGUUUCCUUUUUCGACGCAUACCGCCACUACUCAAAACACGGCGAUUUGGAGUCCAUUGAAGCCAUGUUGCAGAUCUGGAGGAACGAGACCGCGUCUGGUGCCAACGCCGACUUGGCCAUGUCGGAUCUGCAGGGCGCCAUGGCCGACGUCUUUUGCGAGGCUGUCUGCCGAGGACAAGAAGCCGCCGUGCGCAUGAUGCUUGACGCCGGUGUUGAUCCGACUCAUCUUCGUCAAGCUUGUGAUUCAGGCUACUCACCUCUCCAAAUCGCCGCCGAGUAUGGCCACCGCGACAUUGCUCACCUCCUGUGGAACGUGGUUGGUCCCCAGGGCCGAUUCCACUACCCUAGCCCGAGACAGCCGUCCGAAGCCAUGCCGAGCUGUCUCGUGCUUGCUGCCUAUAACGGACACGCGCAUCUGGUCGCCGACUUCCUCGACCUCUACGACGGCUGGUCCAGUCUUGAGAGACAAACAAGCCUUUUCCAAGCGGCUGCCGUGUGGCAUGACGACGUGGUCGCCUUGUUGCUAGCCAAGUUCCACUAUCAAAGUGUCGACAUCCAGUGUGCCCUAGAAGCCGCAGUCGCCAUCCACGGCCGCGACCACGCAAAUGGGAUACCCGUGCAGACGCGUAACGGAGAACCUCUCAACCGGGACCACCAGAUCCGCGUUGUGCGUCGACUUCUUAGUGCCGGCGCAGACGUCAACCGGCCGUUCAAAAAUCAGAAAGCCUUGCCCAUCCACGAAUCCUUCACCCAGAUCGAACUUCUAAAAUUGUUCCUCGAAAGGGGUGCAGAUCCCAACGCAAAGAACGGCUACGGCCAAACGGUCCUUCACAGAGUCGCCGCAAACUUCAAUCCUAGCCCCCAAGGCAGACAGAACCGGGACUACCUAGAGGCCCUCCAGACCCUUCUCCAACAUGGCGCAUUGCCCGACGCCCCUGACAACGAAAAGGUCGCGCCUCUCCACCUGCUUGCCGACACCGGGACACCUAAUGUGCUUCGAACAUGUCUGGGAUACUGCGUCGAUAGCUCCAGCGCCGUGCGCCAGCUCAACCAGUUCGGGGAGUCGCUGUUACACUAUGCUGCCGCUGCUGGAAACGGAGAGACUGUUGAGUAUCUGCUCGACCAAGGUCUAGAUGCCGACCAAGCAAAUGCCAACAAGUGGACGCCCUUGCUCUGUGUGCUGACCCCCGCCAAAAGCUACAACAAAGGACAGACAGCUGCGCGGCUCGCGGUAGCCCGUCUCUUGCUCGAGCGUGGUGCAAGCGCCCAGGUGAUGACGGAAGAAGGAUGGACUCCGUUGCAUGCUCUCGCUACCGUCCGCGACGUUGAUGCCACUGAAGAAGAGAGGACCGGGGUAGGAGCGUUCGCGGAGGAACUAAUUGCAAGAGGCACGCCCGUCGACACAGAAGCAAGUGUACUUCGAUACUGCUCUCCCAUCUUCACAUCGAUUCUGUCAGGUGCCUGGGGGCAUCGGAUGGCUGAGCUUGUUCCCCAGUUGACCAGGUGGGCUGAGGAUCGUCAUUUGCAGGCGUACGAGGACUGGGAACUGACACCGCUUCAAUGGGCCGGCCGUACCGGCGCGAUUGAUGUUUUUGAUGUGCUUAUGAGGUACUUUGCGUCGAAAGAACAAGCUGAGCCCAGGCCUGAUGAAGGUGCCACUCUCGAGUUCUCAUGUUCAAAGUGUAAAAACUUCAACCGUUGGUUGGAGAAUUUCCGGUGUAGUUGGCUGCAAUCCACUCAAGGCCAACCGCCCAUGACUAUUUUCCGUUACGGGUCGUUGGACACCGAUCCAACAGAAACGCUCAAAAUCCAA